ACACAGCUGGAGCGGCAAGACACACAUACAUACACGCUUACUGUCUGUUGUGUUUUGAGCAUUGACUCAGGUAGCAUAUCGUUUUACACAGUUGACGCACAUUCUGCAGGACGCGCACAACAACGCAGGACCGCAGACUGGCUGAUUAAAAUGGAUGCACAUAUAUUGCCAGCGAAUGCACGCGACAUUUGCCACUGGAAGUCGCAUUCCAGGCAACAGCAGUCGCAGCAGCCAAUGCUACUCAACGCCUGGACGCAAACGACAAGUGAUGAUUUUGAAUUGUUGCGCAGUCUCGAUCCACAGGAAGCACACGAUCCACAUGUGAUGGCCGAGAAUUGUGCGCUGCGCGAGAAAGUCCGUUAUCUGGAGUCUAAGUUGCAGGAGCACACAGAUUUACUAACACAAAUACAUGCAGCAUCGGCGCGCAUGCAACAGGCGACGUCGACGCCUCCACCUCCAUCUCCAUCUCCCCAACAACAACAACAACAGCAUCCACAACUGCUGACGCCACCCAGUUCGGUUAUCUGCGCGGCCGCUGCGCCGCCACAGAUGGCGGCACAACGCGCCCAAGUUGUGGAUUAUAAAAUCAUAGCAGCAGCUGGCGCAGAUUGCAAUGAUGCGGAUGCCAUUGAAAUACGCCUGGCGGCGGAAAGCUUAAACAGUUUGAGCACAUCGGCGGACUCGGAACGUCUGGAGAUUUGUUUGGGCGGGGAGGGGGAGGAGCGAAUAAAAAGGGAAUCCACAACGACGCCGCUGCAGCUGAGCAAGCGCUGCAAGCUGGAAGAGAACAUGACAUCCACACCAUUCACACCCAAUCCGCUGCAGCAACAACAAUCACUCAAUACGUUCCACAAGUUGCCCAGCAGACGCAGCAGUGCCAAGUGGAAAGAUGACAACAAUUCCAGUGGAAGUGCUGGAAGCGGUGAGCAGAUCAUGGUUUCCAUUGGACCCAACAACACCUGUGUGCCCGCCCAGAUCUUUGAGAACAUUAAUUGGUCGGUUUCCUCAUUGGCCACACGCAAAUUGCUGGUUGCCAUCUUCGAUCGGGAAACCCUCGCCACACACUCAAUGACGGGGAAACCCUCGCCCGCUUUCAAGGAUCAGCGUAAACCGUUAAAGCAAAUGCUCGAUCCGCUCAAGAUCCAAGACAUUAUCUUUGCCGUCACCCACAAGUCGAGUGCGAGCGAGAAGGAAGUUCGCAAUGCCAUCACCACCAAAUGUGCCGAUGAGAAUAAAAUGAUGAAAAUCCAAAAGGGAAAACGUAACAGCACCACCAACAACAACAACAGCAGCAGCAACAACGACAAGGAGAACAUGCUAAUUUAAUUUAAUUACUUUAAUAAUUAUCUAAAUCCCAUCAAGAAGCAACUUUGUAUUCCAUGUACAAAAUUGAAGAUCUCUCAGCUCGUUUAUCCAAUUGGAAACUUGAACUGACAAGCAGUACUUAUCUAGUAUAUAUAGACCAUUAUAAUACAAUAAUACUCGGAUUUAACAAGCAGUACUUAUCUAGUAUAUAUAGACCAUUAAAAUACAAAUAACUAAAAACAUACAUACUCUGCAAAUGUCACACUAAGCAUUACAUUUAUCUAAAUUUAUCAAGUUGAAUAAAUUAUUGCAUGAAAAUCG